UGUUAUGAAGGUCACGUGGUUUCCGCUCCCCAGAGUCGACAUUACAACAACAAGGCAGGCGAGCCGAGCCGAGCAGGGACGAGGAGACGGUGCAGUUGGGAGGUGACAGCUGUCCGAGAAGCUGGAUCUGAUUUACUGAGGGAGGCUUCUUCAGGACCACAAUGGGAUCACAGAGCCACAGCAGGAUGAACACCACGCGAUGAACCCGGUGUGUCCUUCUCCUAGUCCCUCCAGCUCGCCAAUGCCUCACAGUCCCUCCAACUCCUCCGCUUCUGACUCCAGCAGUUCAGACAGCACCAGCUCCUCUUCAUCCACCUCGGCACCAAAUCUCGAGGGCCAGUCUGCCUCUUCCUCCUCUGUCUCUCCCUCUUUCCCAGGAACUCAUGAUGGGUUGAGGUAUCGCGGCGCCUUUCCGUCUUACCAUCCUCAGACCAGCCCUGGUGGUCCUCACUGCCCAGACGCAGCACAGGUCCCCCUACAAGGCGGCCUCCCGGCCAGCAUGCCCCCCCACCCGGCCUAUGUUCCCGUGCAGAUGCUGUGGUGGCAGCAGAUGUACGCACACCACUACUAUAUGCAAUAUCAGGCAGCAGUAGCUGCGUCGCAGCCUCCCAGCACAUCUCCUCCGCCCUCCCCCUCCUCAUCACCCCAUCAGCCCGCCCAGCCCAAUGAGCCCGUGCAGCCUCCUCUGGGCCCUAACCCAGCCCAGGACCCACUUCAAGAGAACCUGCCCGCCAACCCCAUCCAGAUGAACGCACAGGGGGGCGCGGUGUUAAACGACGACGAGCUGAACCAGGACUGGCUGGACUGGCUGUACACCGUGUCGCGGGCCGGUGUUCUGCUGAGCAUCGUUUACUUCUACUCCUCCUUUAGCCGCUUCAUCAUGGUGGUUGGUGCCAUGUUGCUCGUCUACUUGCACCAGGCUCAGUGGUUUCCCUUCAGACCUGAGCGGCAGGAUGUCAGAGGAGAGGAAAGGGCCGGCGCUCCUCCAGGCGAAGCGCAGAGGCAGCAGGACAUACAGGAAAUUGAGCGACUGAUGGAUGAGGGGAUGGAGGAUGAUGACAGUGGUGACGAAGGUGGUGGAGGCAACGGACCUCGAGCUUUGGGUGCUGCCCUGCCAGAGCCCAACAUCCUGACUGUCGCGUGGUCCUUCAUCAGCACCUUCUUCACCUCACUCAUCCCCGAGGUUCGGCCCCAGCCGGCUAACUAGGAAGACACUCCAGCCUUUCUUCCUUCGGCCAGAAGGUACUGCUCUGCAGUUUCAUAGCUUCUACUGUAACGCCCCCCGUUAGGCCCCCAACACACAGUCAGAGAGGACAGUAACAGGCGGUUGGUCCAGGAGACGACUCCUGUUGAUGGAUUCUGAGGGCAGUGCCAAAGUGUCACUGCUGACUGUACAACAGUACUGAAAAAUAAAAAAACAAAAACAGCGUCUUUGGAGUGGAUGUCUCAGCUGUGAAGGAGAAGAAGACAAGAUGUUGUCUUCCAGUUCAAGCUGUGAUGGAGUCAUGAUUGUGGAUUAUUUUUUAGAUGUGUGACUUAAAAAAAACAAUAACUUUGGAAAAAUCUCCCUAGAAUGAGAGGGAGUUGUGUGUCUUUAUGAAAAAAAAAGAAACCUGAGAGACAUUUCCAUAUGCACAUGGUGCAUGUAGACAUUGGAGCUACUGAAGCUCAAUUUUUAUCAUGUAUUUACACGUGUAAAUAUAUGCAUCUAUGAUUCCUAGAUAUAUGCUUUUUGAAUAAACUUCUGCCUGCCAUACAGACA